AAUAAAAAAUGAAGAAGAAAAGAAAGAAAGAAACAAAAGCAGAAUAAGCCAUUUUUGUUGUUUGCCCCUUUUCUUGUCAUCCCUUUUCCUUUUCCAACGAAUCUCUCAGAAUCACAAAUUCAAAAAAAAAAAAAAAAGUUAGGCCGAAUCUCACAACUGUCAGCACUAUCAUUGUAUUAACCCCAGCUCAACUCUCAUGUUAAUACAUACAUUUACAUACAUAUGCCCCAGAUCUGUUCUCAUAUUUCCAAUAAUUGUUUCUCUAAGAUUUGCCAAAAUCACCACCAGUAAUUUCAAUGCUUUGUUGGGGCUAAAGAUUUGAUCUUUUGUUCAAGAACUUAUUUGGGUUUUCAUUUUCUUGGAUUCUUGUUUCAAUGUUGUAAUGUGCUUGUUGUAUGUAGAUCUUGAGCUGGGAAUUUCAUAAUUUAGAGUGUUGGAUUGAGGGAAAAGGGAUAAGGGAAAGGGGGUAACUUUUUUUUUUUUUUUGAAAAGGGGGCUUAAAAAUGGUGUUUUGGGAGGGUUAUGUGAGUGAUGAAGUGAUGGGGACAUUUGCCCCAAUAGUGGUGUAUUGGUUGUAUGCAGGGUUCUAUCAGCUAUUGCCUCCCAUGGAUAAAUAUCGUCUUCAUACUAGGAAAGAGGAAAAUGCCAAGAACUUAGUUCCACUGGCUUCUGUUGUUAAAGGGGUUCUUCUUCAGCAGUUUUUUCAGGCAACUGUUGCCCACUUGCUCUUUUUGUUAACUUGUAAGGUAACUACAUCAGGAACUGUAGUCCAGCCCUCAAUUCCUGUUCAGAUUGUGCAGAUCAUUAUUGCGAUGCUGGUCAUGGACACAUGGCAGUACUUUGUGCAUCGCUACAUGCAUCAGAACAAGUUCUUAUACCGCCAUAUUCACUCCCAGCAUCAUCGGUUGGUCGUGCCUUACGCAAUUGGUGCCCUUUAUAACCACCCACUUGAAGGUCUCCUCCUGGAUACUUUCGGUGGUGCUCUUUCGUUUCUUGUUGCUGGAAUGACUGCACGUACUGCUGUAAUCUUUUUCUGUUUUGCUGUGGUCAAAACAGUUGAUGAUCAUUGUGGACUUUGGCUGCCUGGUAAUAUCUUCCAUUUGUUUUUCCAUAAUAACACUGCUUACCAUGACAUUCACCAUCAGCUUCAAGGCACAAAGUUCAAUUAUUCUCAGCCAUUCUUUUCCAUUUGGGACAAACUUCUUGGAACAUACAGGCCAUACAGACUUGUAAAAAGGCCUGAGGGUGGUUUCGAGGCACAACUGAUGAAAGAUUAGUUGGUUUUGAUCAUUAGUCUCUGUAUGAAAUCAACAUGUCUUUUGUAGGGAUAGCUACCAAGUUGAGGUUGUUCACUCUAGCAGUUGCCUUGGAAGGUCCACAUUCAUCAAGACUUGAAAGUGUGCUGCAGAAUUAGAAAUGUUCAUUCUUUUCUUUUCAGUUGACCCUGUUUAUUCGUAAUUUUUGUCUAACCUCUUGACGAUUUGUAAGCCUAUUGUUUCUGAGUUCUUACUUUGUGCAGUAUACAUUUUCAACUAUUGCAACUUGCUCAGACUUUAGCAGGUUGAUUUUGUAUUGCCUUUCAAGAGUUGUGAGUCGAGAGAAAUCAAGAUCAUGUAAUUACAAUUGUUCAAACUAUGUAGUGUAAAAUUUCAUGGUCAUUGAAGUUAUUUCAA